AGGCUCAAAUAAAUUAGGACUGGAAUGUAGUACCCCAGUGUAAUGAUUGAGUAAACUAAAAUCUUUGUGUCAUUCUUCGAAAUGUCAUUUUGAAAAAGAAAAGUACACGACCCCAUCAAAAUUUUCAUCGAAAUGAAACCGAAUUCACAGCGACAAACGUUCCAAAUUUAUCAAUAACUUUAUAAAAAUGAAUUUUAGCCAUGAACUACCAUGCAAGAAAUCAUUCGAAUAGAAUCUUAAUACUACACAAUUUAUCCGUUUUCGGAUAAAUCUUCAGAUUAGAAUUUUGAACCGAUGAUAACUUAUAAGUCUGAUCCAGCGAAUUUACAAGUUUACAAAAGCCAAACAGUUUGCAGUUAGUUAUCUGGUGAUAAUGUGAGAAGUACGAAUAAUUAUAUAAUUCUUUAUAGUGUCCUGAAUUGUGGAAUAUGCCCAGCGCACUUAGCAUCGAAUAUAACUGGUUCUUCAGUUUGCUCUAUGGUUUCAUAUUCGUUGUGGUAUUCAUCUUCGAUGUUCUCACAUUCCCCAUAUACUUCAUUCUUCAAAAUCCCAUAAAGAAUAUGAAAUUAUCGAAAAUAAAAAGAUCUACGAUCAUCGACAGAGGCAACGACUACAUGACCAUAAAGACAACGAAAAAACCAUUCGAUACUCACAAAGAAAUCGAAAGGGAAAACAUCAAAACCAUGACGGAACUUUUUGAACAUGCCGUAAAGAAAUAUAAAGAAAAGAGAUGUUUGGGAACGAGGCAAAUCAUAGGAGAAGAAGACGAAGAACAACCGAACGGAAGGCUCUUCAAAAAGUACAUACUAGGAGACUAUAACUGGCUCUCAUUCACCGACGUUGACAGAUUAGCAUCUUUAUUCGGAAAAGGUCUUCGAGAAUUGGGCAACAAACCCCAACAACCGAUCGCCAUUUUGGCCGAAACUCAAGCCAGAUGGAUGAUCGCGGCUCAAGCCGCUUUCAAGAACUCCGUGCCGCUUGUUACUAUCUACGCGACGCUCGGAGAAGAAGCCAUUGCGCAUGCGAUCAACGAAACGGAAGUCAGCGUCGUUAUUACCAGUUUUGCGUUGUUGCCGAAGUUCAAAAAAAUCUUGAAUUUGACGCCAAACGUAAAAACUAUCAUUUAUAUGGAAGACCAGUUGGAAACUUUGAAGAACAAGGAUGGUUUUAAGGUUGGCGUGAACAUUUUGGGUUUCGAUGAAGUUCUUCACAUAGAUACUAAUACUACUGAUGUUAAGAAAGUAGGAGUAUGUGUAGAGACCUGCACACCUAAUAAAUCGAACCCGUAUUGUCCCAUUUGUAGUGAUCCCUUCUCCUCUCUAACUCCCAUAAUAGUAAAACCAGGAAGCAAUAGUAACAUGACCGACUCUGUAACGACUAAGUUGGUACAAAGAAAAAAUGACCAAGUCAGACCCACGCCAGAUGACAUAGCCAUCAUCAUGUACACCAGCGGUUCGACAGGAGUACCAAAAGGAGUGAAACUCCUUCACCGGAACCUGAUAGCUUCAAUCAAAGCGUUCACGGAUUGCACGAAACUGUACAAGGAGGAAGUCGUAAUGGGCUACUUACCGCUCGCUCACGUGUUUGAGUUACUCGUCGAAUCGGGUGUCAUGUACAUGGGCAUGAAGAUCGGAUAUUCCAGCGCGCUUACCAUGAUUGAUACGGCUAGCAAAAUUAAGCGCGGUACAAAAGGAGAUGCUUCUAUGUUGAAGCCUACUUUUACCUGUUGUGUUCCGUUGAUAUUGGACAGAAUAGCAAAAGCUGUACUUGAUAAAGUGGAAAAGAGUAGCGGAAUUAAGAAGGUCAUGUUUAAAUUCGGAUACAACUACAAAAAUAGAUGGAGAAAAAUCGGAUUUAGCACUCCACUGACUGAUAAAAUAAUAUUUCAAGCUACAAGGAACAUUAUGGGUGGCCAUCUUCACGUAAUGGCCGUUGGGGGAGCUCCAUUGACAGCAGACACCCACGAGUUAAUAAGGACAUGCUUGUGUAUAGAUGCUUUACAAGGAUAUGGUUUGACGGAGACUUGUGCUUGUGCAUCUAAUCAAGACAAAUACGAUUUGCAAUACGAACGCGUGGGCUCUCCUAUGACCACGGCACUGAUAAGAAUAAUCAACUGGGAGGAGGGAAAUUAUUACAUAACGGACAAGCCGAAUCCGAGGGGGGAAAUAGUGAUAGGCGGGGGAAUCGUGAGUCCGGGUUAUUAUAAAAAUGACGAAAAAACUAAGGAAGAAUUCUUCGAGGACAAAGACACUUGGUGGUUCAGGACGGGAGAUAUUGGAGAAAUUCACCCAGAUGGGUCAAUCAAAAUUAUUGAUCGUAAAAAAGACUUAGUCAAGCUUCAAGCGGGCGAGUACGUCUCUUUGGGCAAAGUGGAAGCAUUGCUGAGCACGAAUGCGUUGGUGGACAGCAUUUGUGUCUACGCCGAAUCGACGAAAUCGUACUGCAUAGCGUUAGUUGUAGCAAAUCCGGAUAAUUUAAAAAAACUUGCCGCCGGGAAACUCAAUAUUACCAACAAAACGUUUGAACAGCUAUGCGACGACAAAGAAGUCAACAAGAUUGCCUACCAAGUGAUUGUUGAUCAUUCCAAGAAAGUGAAAUUAGAAAAGUUCGAAAUACCAGAGAAGAUAAAACUGGUCAAAGAAAUAUGGACGCCAGAAACAGGGUUAGUAACAGCAACAUUCAAGCUGAAGAGGAAAGAAAUUCAGAAAUUUUAUGCCAAAGAUUUAAAAGAAAUAUAUGCUUAAGCGAAAAUACAACAACCUGUUAAUACUCUCUCUAACUAAAUGAAGUGACAACAAACCAG